CAUGGCGUCCUGGGGUAGGACCGUGGAGAAGUUGUGGACGGUGCUAGCUCUGCACCUCAAGCACCACAGCAAGAUGGGCUGCUGCCUGGUGACGCUGCUGACCGCGGGCGGGGAGCGCAUCCUCUUCACCGUGGCGUUCCAGUGCCCCUGCAGCGCCUCCUGGAACCUGCCCUACAGCCUGGUCUUCCUGCUCGUGCCGGCGCUGGCGCUCUUCCUCCUGGGCUGCGUGCUGAGCGCGCCCUCCUUGCGCCUCCUGAUGGGCUGCCGCGUCUGCAAGGGCUGCUGCGCCUGCAAGGGCUGCUGCACCUGGUGCGAGUUGUGCUGCCAGGUCAGCGGAAGCGCCUUGCUCGCGUCCCUCACCUGGGUGGCGGUGGCGCUGCUCGGGGGCGCCGUCUACGAGUGCGGCGCCAGCGGGAGCACCGAGGUGGCGCGGCGCCUGUGCGCUGGCCGCGACUCCAGCUGUGCUGCCCGGCUGCCGCUGGUGCCCUGCCAACAGGCCGGGGAGCCCGACGUGCAGGACCUCCUGAGGGAGCUCAGGGCCCAGUCGCAGGUUUGCGGCUGGAGCCUGAUAAUAGUUGUUAUCAUCUUCGUUCUGAUUAUGACGUGCAUCUCAGAAUGCCGAGCUGCAGGUAAAUUCCCGCAGCUGAAAUUUUGGAAAAUCUAUUCAGAACAGGAGAAGCAGAUUCUUAAAACACAAGUCACAGAGCAUGCAACUGAAUUGGCAGAAGAGAAUGUUAAAUGUUUCUUUGAGCACUCACAUCCAGAAGAAUGCAACAUCCCAAGCGUUGAAGACUGGCAGCAAAUUUCAUUGCCAUAUACUUUCAAUCCGAAGAACAAGUACUAUAGCCCGUUGCACAAAUAUGUUAACACAAGAGAGAAGGAGCAAAAUAUCAGCUCUUCUAAAGGAGGUGAAGAGGUUUGUUUUCUUGGCCGUGUAGAUUCCCCUGAUAAGGAGAACACUGUUUAGUUAACACCCUAUUAAUGAAUAAGAAAAAAAAUUCUUUUGAAUGAAUGUUUCAUUUACAAUAAAAUAAAC